CACUUUGCCCCUCAGGUACACCACCCCAUGCUAAACUUAACAAUUAGAAUGAAUAAAUAUUAUAAAUCACAGGACUAGAGAAGCAUGUGACCAGGAGGGUGGGAACCUGACCAAGAGGCUCAUUUAAAAGAGGAAUGAUGAACCUGUGGGAUGUAGAACAGGUGCACAGUUCAAGCUCAGAGACUAAUUUCAUACUGUAGUGUGUAACGCUCAAGAAUCAUGAAGAUGCUGCUUGUGACUCUGGCUCUUGCCCUUCUGCUGACCAGUGGUUCUGCCCUUAAAUGUCACAAGUGUACUCCUGAUGGAAAAUGUUCUAUUGUAACCUGUACCAGUGGUCAAGACACCUGUGUUGCCACAAGGGUGUUUACCCCCAGUGGUUCAUUUGUUGGAAAGAGAUGCUUAACACGGGCUCAGUGUUUGCAGUUGCAGAAAACUAACAAAUUUCCUGUUGCAUGCUGUGGGACGGACCUUUGCAAUAAAAUUGUUCCAUGAAAAUCUCGUAGGAAGUAUCAUGAUUAAUGAUCUACAUUAAUGCAGUUUUCCUGUUGAUUUUGUAUUCCGCAGCUUUACCUGUACAUGGGAUUAGUCAAAAUGUUCAGCGUAUAAGUGUG